AUGAAUAUUGCCCAACAAAAUGAUGUUACAACAGAAGCAUCAAUAAAACCCAUGUUUGAAUUAUGUGGACUGCAUGGCAGAAUUACUCUGGAUAAUGUCUAUUUCAAUGGACUUCAUGCUUUAAGGAGACUAUGCAUUCGUAACCUAUCUGACCAAUCAAUACUUAUAAAGAUGCGCUCAAAUUUACGAAAUCAGAUUGCUUUUCAAUUGGAAAAUGAAAAUAUAACUAAUCUUCCUGAUUCAUGUUUUCAAAGCAUCGUUACAACUAAUACUGUGAGCUGGUCUCGUGAAGCUAAAGAAUACCCAUUUAACCAGUUAUUUAAUUAUAUCAAUCAUAUUGAUCAGUUAAACUUGGAGCCUGGACAAACACGCACAUUUAUAUUAGCUUUCUUACCAGAGAGGCCUCGUAUUGAUGAUGAUUCUCGCCAAAACAGAAAUGAUGAUUUUGAUAUUUCAGUUGUCGAAGAUACAGAAACAUUUGACAUGUUCAAUGUCACUGGUAGUUUAUUCUUUUUUGGAUAUUAUUCAUCUAAUAAUAAUCAAGAAGAUAAUAACUCAUCAAAGGAUGUAUUAUCUACUUCCAGUUUAGCAGAUUAUCAAGUUUCUGUAAAAUUUAGAGCAAGUGUAUGUCAAUCUGCACUUUGGACAGAGGUUGCUGAAACAGGUCUUAAUUUUGACGACUGUGUUCUCGGUGAAAUUUAUUACAAGGAUUUUUCAAUACAGAACAGAUCUGAAAUUGAUCUUUAUUGGUUUAUGAACACAAUUGAUCUUUCAAAAUCAGAUUGGAUUCAGUUUGUAAAUGCAGAGACAGGUAAAGUCUUGAGCCAAGAGGAUCCUAUUUCAAGUUAUUCAAAUAAACAAAUAAGAAUGCUGUUUAUGCCUAAAGAAGUAGGCGAGUUUAAUUAUGAUUUGCAGAUUGAAAAUGCAAAUGAUGCUCGUAAUGUAUUGCAAAUCAAGAUACAUGCUAAUGUUCGAUCCGUACUAAGAAAGGAGACACUCAUCGUCAGUAGUGGCCACGUUGUUGAUUUUGGUGAUUGUAUUUCUGGUACAUGGGCUGUUCAACAAAUUGUAUUGAAUAAUGUAAGCGAAUCUCCUGUUGAAAUCCGAUUUUUACCUGAAGGUGCUGAAGUUAUUUUUGAUAUCAAACAAGAUACCACAGUCGUAGCAGAUACAUUUUCUGAGCGUCCAGAGUCUAAAAUGAGUUUAACCAGACGUAAAAUUAGUAAUCAUAAUGGUGGUCGUACAACUGGUUUUAAUUCACCCACAACUCAUACAGGUCUAAGUGAGAUGUCAGGUCCAAACAGUGAACUAAGCUCAAGAUCAACUUCGCCUACUCCAACCCGUAUAACAGAUCAUACAGAUGGACCCUUUUCACCUUUGAUAGAUUCACCAAAUAGCUCUCGUUUUCAACUUUCAUCCUAUCCAACAAUACUCGAAGGAUAUGAUCCUAAUACGGCAGGAUUAGAUUUAAUGAGUGUUGAUGGAAGCGUCUAUACAGAAUCUAGUUCAGUAAUUGAUAAUCCAGUUGGGUCUUCUGUAGGUGCUCCUACUGCCCUUAAUACAACCGAAAGUUAUACUCGUAUCGAGGAUUUUAUUUUAAAACCGGGUACAGAGCGUGUAAUUCAAGUUUCCUAUCGACCUCAAAAGGAUGUAUCCAUCAAUGAUUUCAAUGCUGGUCAAUUAAUUCGUAGAAAUUUUAGAAUUCUUCUUGAAUAUGGACCUUUCAGAUCUGAAAAACCAAAAGAAAAAAAAGUGAUUCAAUGUAGAGCACGGACUUGUACUUCAUUUGUAGAGGCAAUUCCUAAAGUUAUUAAUUUUGGUGACACAGAUGUUGGCACUCUUAAAUCCUUACCAAUUAAUAUCUUUAAUCGUUCAGAUAUUUUGGCACGUGUAGAACUUCAAUUCACUUCAAAAGUAUUAAAUUGCUUACGCGGUGAAAUCACAAUCCAACCACGAAGUUACGUGGAAUUGAAAUUAGAUCUAUAUCCUCGUAAAGUUAAUCCUGAUUACCGAAAACAAAUUACGCUUGUCAAUUUUCUAAAUAGAGAUAAUGAUCAAAUUAUUGAAGUACAUAGUACAAAUAUUGACAAAAACAGGGUUACUUUUCAUUCUCUCUUUUAUCGUAUUCUUACUGCAACAGGUGCCAAUUUCUUAGAUUUUGGUUCUAUCGCUCUUAAUUCACCAUCACUUCGCACUUUUACGGUAGAAAAUAUCAGGAAUAAACCUUUACGAUUAGAAAUUACGACUUCUUUACCAGAAGAUAUUGCAAUUUAUACAAGAAGCAAAAAGAAAAUAGAUAAAAAUAGUCAUACUUCCAUACUUCCAAUAGGGACAAGCCAAGUAGCAUCAUCAGCUAUAUCAGCAGCCGUUGCAACCAUAUCUUCAACUUCUUCUACUAACAACAUUAUUUCUUCCACAACAAACAAUACAGUUAGUGCAGAUUCUAUUGAAAAAGGAGAUCUUAUUACCGAUAUACCCACUAUAAAACCUCCUUCAACACCAACAUCUCUCACAGCUAGUAGCACCAAAAGACGAUCUAAUCUUCUUUUAGAGUCUAUUAGUAAUCGUCGUAUUGUAAAGACACAGCCCUCUAUGGAGUCCUCCAAAACAUUAUCUGAAUCGGAAGCAGCCAAUCUAAGACGAACAACUGACGCCAAAAAUGAACUCAUGGUCGUAAGACGAUUUCGUAAUUCAAUGAAGCAACUAAAGUUAGAACAAGCACAUUCUUCUACAGCAUAUUUAGAUUUAGCAUCACCGCCGUUGAAUUUACUCAAAAAUUAUAGAAGAAAGAUGGUUCAAAUGGCUUCUGAAAAUUAUUUAGCACUUAAAAAGAAUCAAGGACGUUUAAUAUCAGAAGAAAAGGAUAAAAACAUGGAUGAGACUGAUAUAUCUAAUAAUGGUAUUAAUGCAGUUAUAUCUAAUAAGGAUAUAGAGAGUGUAGCAACAAAUCAUAGACAUCAUCGUCAUGCCUCAACCUUGACAAAGGCGAAUGCAACAUCAAAUUCAUCUCUUUCAAAAAGAAGGGUUGAUCCAAAUAGAUUGGGUAACCAUCAUACCACAAAUGACUAUGAUACUCGAAAUGCAAAAGCCAAGAGAUCCUUAGGUAUUACAGCAGCAAGGUACAAAUCAAGAAAAAAUCUUGAUUGGUCAGAUAUUGCAGGAAAAUCGCGCGUACCUUUUGAGGAUUUGAUCUCAGUACUUGAACAUGGUUCUAAAGCUGCACCACCAUUAUUUCCAAAACAAACUGCAGAAGAAAAAUUUGUACGGUAUCAAAUAGCAUGGCGUCGUGAACUGGACCGACUUGUAGAAAAAGGUGUUCUUGUCCGUACAUCUAUUGUUGAUGUUGACCCUAAAGGCGAAGAAGAAGUGGUGGUUGUGAUUACUCCCUCUGGUGCAAAUAAGCCUCAUAUACAGUCUGCACCUAAAAAACAGGAUGCUCGUAUCUUUUUAAAACUAUUAGAGUUUGAUCGUGAUAUAGAGCAGACCGAGUUUGAGAGCCUACUCGAUUUAGGUCAAUCAGAAAUUCCAGUCCGUGAAGUUAUUUUACGAUCGCAGCUCGUACGUUCUGUUAUGGAUCUCGGACAAAAAAACAUUAAUUUUGGCCUUGUGGAGCGUAAUGAACGACAUACGAAAACAAUUGUCUUACAUAACCGUAGUGAAACACCAUUAUUAUAUGCUAUUCAUAAAUCAGGCUCUAUUGCCUCCGGUGAUAUUGAUUUAGAUGUGGGUCGUUAUGGUGUCGUUCGUUCCUACGGUAAACGUGAAGUUGAGUUCGUGUUUGAACCGACUUUAUCAGGCCCGUUUAUGGAAAAACUGAUUAUUGAAAACAUUCGUGAUCGAACUAAUGAUCAAGUCCUACUUUUGAAAGCACAAGUACGUAAACCAUCUACGUUCUUGAUAAAGUCACUCGAAAUGUACUUUGGACGAUGUCUAUUGGAUCAGCCUUGUCAAAAGGUUGAGACAAUUGUCUUGACAAAUACCAACAAGCAGUCACGUAUGUUUGAAAUCCGUGUAGACCCUAAUGAAGUCUCCUUUGGCCGUUACUAUGGUGAAUUUGAGUUUGAUGUAAAAGAAGACGAAACAAAUACAUUAUCCAAGGAAGCAGAAGAGGAAAUUGAAAACCUUGAACAGAAAUUGAAGAUUGCACGACGUAAAGCACAACCUGAUAAAGUUAAAAAGUAUUUACGCAAACUUGCAAAACUUAAAAAUCUGGAUUAUGACAAGAAUGGAGAAGAAGAUGUUAUUAUUGAAAAUGAUAAAGGGUCGACACCAACAGAGCCUACAUCUUCGAGUACAAGUGCUUCUAAUGGACUUGUUGCUCCCGUCAAUAAUGUGGUAUUUAAAAAAACAGCUGAAAGCGUUGUCUUCCCUUUGGAUGCUCAUGCUACAAAGACAGUAAAUGUGAUAUUUAAACCGCUUUUAAGACCCUUUCAAACUGAAGAUAUUACUGAUGAAAACUCACAAUCUAGCCCUAUUCCAGUGAAAGGUCGUAUUUUAGUACAUGAAUAUAAAAAUACAGAUGUUUGCAAGAGUAUUAUCUACACAGCUGAGGUUUAUACAGAUGAAUCUGCUUAUAUUGAUGCCUUAGCUAUUGAAAAUGAGGGAGAGAAUACUGGUGCAGCUUCUACUAGAGCAGAUGCUGCUGCCUCUAGCACUUCUAUGGCUUCUCCUCAUACAAAGCUUACUACAAAUACCAACACUUUAAUUAAUUCUACCAUCACGGGCGCUAAUGUUGCUACAGUUGUUGCUUCUGUUCCUUCCCCCACAGAAGAAGUUAAAGAGGAGGAAGUUGAAGAAGAAGCGAUUAAGUUAGAAAAAGAUUUCUUUGAUGGUGGCCGUGUAGAAUUAAACCAAAAGGUUGUCUUUUAUGUUAGAAUGACAAAUGAAUCCAAACAAACAAUUAGUUUUGAUAUGGUCUCUGAAAAGAAUCCUUCAGUAUUCGAUUUUAAUGUUGAUAGCGAGGCUAAGGAAUUGUUACCUGGAGAGACUAAGAAAAUUCGAUUUGGUAUUCAACCUACACAAGUGGGUAAACAACAAUUCAUGUUCUCAAUUAUCAAUCAGCGUACCAAUUCUGUACAGCCAUAUACAAUUCAAUGUCUAGUUCAUCGCAACACAUAUUUGAAUUUCCCAUCUUUAGCAGACGAAGCAAAUGGUAUCCUUGAUUUAGGAUUCUCAUACGUUGAUCCAGGAAGUAAAUAUUCGCAAGUUACUCCUUUAUUGGUUGAGAACACAUCUGGUCAAGAUAUCUUUAUUACCUGUCAAAGCAAUUUAUCUCAUCAAGUAUUGGUUUUUAUGGAUGAAACCGGUGAGCGAGGUCUCGUAGAUAUGAUGCCACUGAAACGAAAUGGAAUAGCUACUAUUUGGGUAGCUGUUCAACCUAAUCUACUUACAGGUUACCUUGGUAGUUUUGGAGAUGAAUGUCGUGAACUUGUGGGUGGUCUUAAGUUUUCAAUCUAUGAUAAAGAUGAUUUAACACAGGAUAAAGAAAUGCUAUUAAUGCAUUCUCAAACAGUUAAAUUUACCUCUAUCAUUGGCCAGUCUCAUCUUGAGGUAUCUACUCGUCUUAUUAACCUUGGUUAUACGGAUCAAUUACAGAAAGAAUUCUAUGGUGCGUUUAUUAUCAAAAAUAAAUCUGGUGAAUUACCUUUAGAUUAUGAAGUAGAAUGUGCUACGGCUAAUAUCGAACUUGACCGUCGUGGAGGUACACUGCAUGGCUGGCGUGGGGGUAAACUUCGAAGAGAUACUGAUAUGGAUUAUUUAAAUGCCGAGAACGAUAAAGGACGAAGACAUAGUAGCAGCAGCGGCAGUUAUAAUGAUGCUAAUUCUGUUGCUCGUCGUAGUUCAUAUGAUGAAGCUGCUUGUGCUGUCUCAGCUUCGCUAACACAAAUUACUUUUCGUAUCACAGCAUAUCGAUAUGGUCUUUUGAAUGAAAAACUUAUUGUAACUAAUAAGAGGAAUAGCCAAGAGGUAUUCAUUAUUGAUGUACGACUCUUUGUUGAUUGUAAGAAACUGGAUGCAUGGGCUUUACCUUCUAAAGAAAUUCUUCGUAGUUUCAUUCCUAAUCAUUAUCAUGACCAAACAGAGCAUCGUGAAGCAGAUCCUUUACCAAUGGUUAAAUGGGAAAGUAUCUAUAUAUCCCCUGUUUCUCAACAUGACAACGAUGAAGAGACAGUUUUGCAAUUGAUGGAAUUACCUGAAAGGGAUGCCAUACGUCAUUAUGUACGUGAACUUGAUGUCGCCAACACAUCUGGACAGCCAAUGCAGCUUGUUGUGAUGAGCGAUAUUGAUAUUACAGCUGGAUUUGUGGUAGAUGAAGAUAAAAUUAAGGCGGCAAGUGUGGAGCAUAAAGAAGGAUUAUUUAUACAACGCAGUGGUCAAAUUUCGUUACAGCCUGGACAACGUAUUCGAAUUCGAAUCCAUAGCCCUUCAGCCGAAAAACUAGAUGAAGAAGGUAGAACUCUUGCGCUCCAAGGCAAGAGUGGUUCUUUAAAGGGCAUGUUAGUUAUAUAUGAUGCUCGUCAAAAUCUAGAAGUACUUGCUGUUGAAUUAGAAGCCUUAUUUUGUGUUUCUCAUACAGAAUUGCUUGUUGAUUGUGUUGACCUUGGUAAAAUUGGGCACAGUACAUCCUAUAAACCUUCUCGUUUUGAAUUUCAAAUCAGCAACUUGGCAGAUGUGCCAGCAACCUAUCACAUUCAAGCACCUAAAUUUAUUAAUUUUACACCAUUGGAUAAACAUGGUAUUGCUGUCAAACAAAAGCGAUUUUAUAUUCCUUCUCGCAAGACUCAACGUAUCGAAGGUUUAUUGAUACCUACUGAAAUGCCGGAUCAGACAUCGGGUCUUCAUGAGUUUAGCAUCCGUAUCGAUAAUUUACGUAAUAAUGCAAACACAAUGCAUCUUCACCUAAAAUACCUAAUGACUGUAUUUGAACUACGAUUUGACCGUUUAUCAAGUAAUGGAGAAUUGGUGUUGCCCACUUUGUAUCAUCCUAUUGCCUUACAAAACUCUCCCUGUGAUAAUUGGUUCAUUAUUCAUAAUAAAACGGAUGAAGAUUUACGAUUUGAAAUUGGUGCGGAUAUUAUACCUGAACUUGUGCCGUAUGUUAACUUGGAUGUUCUAUCACGAUAUACCAACUCUCCUCUUAAAGGUGAUAUUGCUAUUGGUCCUCAGGGUAGUAUAGAGGUCAGAGUGAGAGCAACACCUAAUGAGGCCUCACGCUUACCAUGUAACCUACUUGACUUUACAGAUCCUCUAGGGAUCAUUAUGGCCAACCUGUGGGUUAUAACAUGUGCCACUGAAGAAGAAGAGUCGAGAAAUCAAAUAAGAGAGACAAUCCCAGUUCGUUGUGUAUUCAAUACUACACCUACUUUUGCUCUAGAUGAACAUCGAUUAGAUUUCCAAUUAGUAACGUAUUAUCAAGAUGGUGACCAUGAUUAUUCAAUGGUAAUGGACUCUACCUGUAUGCCUAAAAGUCGACCUUUAACGAUCAUUAAUUAUGCCACCAAAGUUCCACUUCGAUUUAAAGUAACGACAGAAGGCCCAGCCGAGUUUCCUGCACAUGAAAUCGUCAUGAUUUCCAAUCUAAAUGAAGAUGGCACUGGUAUAGUCGAACCUGGAGGAACAUUAACGCUUCAAGUUGGUAUUCCUAAUCCUAAAGAAAAUAUGCCAGGGCAACUUAAAAUUCAUGUAGAGGAUUUAGAUGCUCUAGGAGAAUUCAAACAGACUGUAUCAAUGUAUGUAACUGAAAUUGUAUGGGACUUGUAG